UAUCUAUAUGGCCAUAAGAGAACUAGAUAUAAACCACAAAAUUUUUUUCGUUCGUUUCAGUCGUUAAUACUAACAGAAGAAAAUGAACGCCACCUCCUGGCUUAGUAAAAAUGUAUUUAUUGUGGUACUGGUCACUCUGGUCAACUUAAUUAAAGCGGCAAAUAAUAAUUAUAAACUGGAGUUUGUUCAGUUGAUGUAUCGACAUGGUGAUCGAGCUCCAGAACAGCUUUAUCCAACAGAUCCUAAUCCAGCAUCUUCCUGGCCAUUGGGCUUAGGAUCUUUAACCCAACUUGGUAAAAGAGAACAUUAUCUAUUGGGCAAACUUUUCCGACAAAUGUAUCAAGGUUUCUUCACUACCAAGCCAACUGAGGUCGAUGCUGUGAGCACCGAUGUCGAUCGUUGUUUGGCUAGUGCCGAAGCAAACUUUGCAUCUUUUUACGCUCCAACUCCCGAAUGGAAAUUUGUGGAGGAUUUUGAUUGGCAGCCUAUACCUAUUACUUCGAUUCCUGUUGCCUUAGACAAGUUUUUAGGAAGUACAAACUGUCCUGCAUUUCAGAAGGAGUUAAAUAAGGAACUAAACUCACCAACCAAUCAAGCAUUUAACGCUAAGCACCAAAAGUUGUAUAAAUAUCUUACAAAAUAUAGUGGAGCUCAAAUAACAGAUUACCUUUCUGCUCGGGAUCUUUACGACGUUUUGUUCAUUGAGGUAAUACAUAUUAUUAUUUCUUGA